AUGUCGAUACGGAGAUAUCUUUCCUACGCUUGCCUUUCCACCGCGGCCGCAGCGGGCACGCGGUUCGGUAACAUCAUCUUCCCGGAUGCGGAUCCAGACUACGCCGUAGAGUUCGGCGUCCUGGCCGACAGCCUCGACCGUCCCAACGCCACGGGACGAUACCCAAUCGCCGGACCCAAUGCGACAGUGGCCUACCCAGGCAGCAUGAUGGACGGAUGGGAGAUCGAGAUGGACGUGUCAGCCAGCAUGCCGACCGCACAUGGAGGCGACAAAUUCAUUGCAGCCGCUGGCAUCAAACUUCACCCACCAGCCGAGCUGGUCCAGCAAGACAGUAAUGGCGUGCAGCAUCUCAACGCCGACGCAGACUCGUGGUUUGGAUGUGUCAACGUCUUUGGCGCCGGCGGCAUCUCGGGUGACAAUGGCAAUGGCAUGUGCUCGGGGCUACUAAGCGACACGUGUAUAGACAAUAUUAAGAGGCUGUUUGCGGAAGCACCGCAGCUGGCUGCCGGUGGGCAGUGCGUCUCGCUCUGGAAUAUGACUGACGCCGAGGCUUCCGGAUGCCCGUUCCCUAGCGACGAGUAUACGUCGGGCUUUGGCUUUGGGGACGACCUGCUCGUCGGACACGAGAUUGCGUACAUCUCGGAUGCAAUGGAUUCCCCCAGCGACCAGUCGGGCUACGACAGGUUUGCCUCGACCACGUAUCCCGUCAUCAUUACCUGGGGCCACACGGACGGAGCCGGUGAUGAGAUGGUGGCGGAGGACCACAUCACAGUGGCCUGUGUUCGAGCCAAUGUUACCACUCCGGGCAGCCAAACGCCCAACACGAGUAAUGGUAUUAAAUUGAGCCCUCGCGGCGUGGCAAUCACCAUCCUGGGCUUUGUAUUUGCUUUGUUAGUUUAG